UGAGUGGGAUACUAGUAACGUAACCGUAGAGAAGCUUGGAUUAUAUAAACCUAAGUCCAAAAGAACAAAAAUUCACAAGAAAAGUUCUUGAAGAUAUUGAAACCCAAAUAUACAAAUCAUGAUGAUGAUACUUCUCUUGUGCUCAAUAGUUUUCUUUACCAUUCUCUUCUCGAAGAAACAGUCGAGAUGGAAGAAAGGUAAGACACCUCCGUCACCACCAGGACUUCCGUUGAUCGGAAACCUUCAUCAGCUCGGCCGCCACACUCACCGUUCACUAUGCUCCCUCAGUCACCAAUACGGUCCUCUCAUGCUCCUUCACUUAGGAAGUGUCCCCGUUCUUAUAGUCUCUUCCGCGGAGAUGGCUCAAGAAAUCGUGAAAACGCACGACGUCACUUUCGCCAACCGCCCACGGUCAAAACUCUCCCAGAAGCUUCUUUACAACAAUCGUGAUGUGGCCUCAGCUCCUUACGGAGAGUAUUGGAGGCAAAUGAAGAAGGUGUGCGUCGUUCAUCUUUUAAGCAACAAGAUGGUUAAAUCCUUUCAAGAUGUAAGAGAAGAUGAAAUCACUUUGAUGAUGGAAAAGAUACGGAAAUCGAGUUCUUUGCCGUUUAAUCUAAGCAAGAUCUUGGAGUGUUUAACAAACGAUGUGAUAUGUAGAGUCGCUUUGGGAAGGAAGUACGGUGGCGAAACGGACUUCAAGAAGUUAACUGAUAGACUUAGUGAGCUAUUGGGGACGUUUAGUAUAGGGAGUUUUGUACCGUGGCUUUCGUGGAUUGAUUGGAUCCGUGGUUGGGAUGCUCAGCUAGAUAAGACGGGAAAAGAUCUUGAUGAGUUCUUUGAGAGAGUUGUCCAAGAUCAUGAAGAUGGCAACCACCAAGAUAGGAGUGAUUUGAUUGAUGCAUUGCUCACUGUUAAAAGAGAGAAGAGUGCCGGGUUUGACAUAGACCGACUCAGCAUUAAGGCAAUCACGUUGGAUGUUUUUGUGGGUGGUUCGGACACAUCGUUCACGCUUUUGGAAUGGGCGAUGACAGAGCUUCUACGUCACCCGGAGUCUAUGGAAAGGCUUCAAGAAGAAGUCCGCACGAUUUGUAAGGGCAAAUCUCGUGUAUCGGAAGAUGACACUCAAGAAAUGAAGUAUUUAAGAGCUGUGAUCAAAGAGGCACUCAGGCUACAUCCUCCUUUUCCAAUGAUGGCUCCUCACGAAUCAACAGAGGAUGUCAAACUAAGAGACUACCACAUACCUGCCGGGACACAGGUGAUGAUGAAUGCUUGGGCGAUAGGGAGAGAGGUUGCGACAUGGGGACCAGACGCGGAGGAGUUUAAACCGGAGAGGCAUUUAGAUACGUCUGUUGAUUUCCGAGGUCAGAAUUUUGAGCUGAUUCCGUUUGGAGCAGGGAGAAGGAUUUGUCCAGCAGUAUCUUUCGCUGUGGUGUUGAAUGAGGUGGUUUUGGCUAACUUGGUUCAUGGGUUUGAUUGGAAAUUACCUGAGGAAUCUACUCAAGACAAAACUGAUGUCGCUGAGUCUAACGGAUUUUCGGUUCACCGCGAGUUCCCUCUUUAUGCCAUUGCGUCGUCACCUACUACUUAGACUUGGGCAUUUAUAAAGGCUUUGUUAUGUUAUGCUAUGUUAUGUUAUGUGUGGAUUGUUUUUUUUUUUCUCGCCAUCAUCUAUGUUGUUUUCAUUAGUUGCCAUGUG